CUCUGACACAAGCUGUUCCUGCCUCACAGUCCACAUUCACGUCUGCUGCCGUGUGUAUGAUUCCCCUAACUUGAUAUUUUUUCGAUAGAAAGUAAUAAGAAAAGGAAAGAUGUCAUCCAUCAAGCAGCGCCUGGUAUACUCAGUGGUCCAGUUCCUGAGAGAGCAGAGUCAGCAGGAAGUGUGCUCACCAGAUGAGCAAGAGAGCCUGGAAGUUGCAGUGCAAUGCCUGGAGACUGUUUUUAAGAUCUGCCCUGAAGAUAAGCAUCUUGCAGUGUCACAACCAUUGGAAGACAUUUUCUCACAAGUAGUUAAGGAUGAUGACCUGACACAAACCAACAAGAUCUCUCCAUCAUCACUAUCAGCUGCAGAAAAGGCUGAACAGUUAAAGGAUGAAGGUAAUGGUUUGAUGAAGGAGCAGAACUAUGAGGCGGCUGUAGACUGCUACUCACAGGCUAUAGAACUGGAUCCCAACAAUGCAGUCUAUUACUGUAACAGAGCAGCAGCCCAGAGUCAGAGGGGAAAGCACAGUGAAGCCAUAACAGACUGUGAGAAAGCCAUAUCCAUUGAUGCCAAGUACAGCAAAGCCUAUGGAAGAAUGGGGCGUGCAUUGGUGGCCAUGUCUAGGUACAAAGAAGCUUUUGAAAGCUACCAGAAAGCCCUGGAUCUCGAUCCUGAAAAUGAAUCAUACAGAAUGAAUUUGAAACUAGCGGAACAGAAACUGAGGCAGAUCCCAAGCCCUAUAAGCUCUGAAUGGGGCUUUGAUAUGGCCAGCCUGAUGAACAACCCCGCAUUCGUCAGCAUGGCAGCCAGCUUGAUGCGGGAUCCCCAAGUACAACAGCUGAUGUCUGGCAUGAUGUCAAAUGCAGCAAACGGCCCAGCUGCGGGUGUUGGAGGGUUAACAGACCUCUCAAGUCUAAUCCAAGCUGGGCAGCAGUUUGCUCAGCAGAUCCAGCAGCAGAAUCCAGAUCUAAUACAGCAACUGAGGAAUCACGUUCGGAGCAGGUCAUUUAGCGGCACGACGGAGGAGCAUUCUUGAGGCAAAGCAGGUAGGCGGUGAGCUAAAGAGAAGAGAAAGCCAGCGCUGUCCAUGUGUGAGGAGAAUGGCAGUUACGGUGAAAAUGCGGCAGUCUGCAUUCCUUGAAUAACGUUUCAUUGUCAAACACACAUUCCACACACAGAGACCCUGGAACAUCAGUCAAUGUGGAGAACAGAGCCCACCUGCAAUUCCAUUUCCUCUUCUGAAGAUCACAUUAGACAGCUCCUGAAACGGGAUUAAGUCAGUGAUCCCCAACCAGUGGCUCAUGAGUAACAUGUUGCUCUCCAACCCCUUGGACAUUACUCCCAGUAGCCUCAAAGCAGGGGCUUAUUUUUGAAUUCCAGGCAAGUUUUGGUUGUAUAAAAACCAGAUGUACUAACAAACAGCGUCUCCUGUAGACUGCCAGUCCAUAUAGAGGCUACCAAACAGCCAAUAACAUCCCUAAUUUGGUAUCCCCAUGGACUUUUCAUGCUUGUGUUGCUCUCCAACUCUUUUUUACAUUUAAAUGUGGCUCACAAGUAUAAAAGGUUGGGGACCCCGGGGUGAAGUAGUGGAAACUGUAUCCAUCACUCACUGUAUAUCCGCCAGUUGCUGCUCCUGAACCAUCUCUCUCUCUCUAUAACAUACACAUUUCUUCAAAAUCCUCUGCUUUAUUCUAGAAUCUUGCUCACUGUAUAGUUUAUAUUUAUAAGGAUGUAGAUGACAGUUUCUGGAUGUACUACAGGUUAAGGGUAAGGACAUGCUGCCUGCUGACAGUAUGUUUUUCUUUGCUCAAAACCCAUGUGCAGUGGCGGAACUACCGGGGGAGCAGGGGGUGCGAGCGGGCCAGGGCCCGCACCCCCUCAGGGCCCCCCCGGCAGCUUGCGCGCCACUGAAAUGCGGGCAGUUCGGGGGGGGGGCGUCACGCACCAGGACCCGCCCCCCCCUCUAGUUACGGUACUGCCCAUAAGACCAUUUUCACCCAAUUGCAAUACACUGUAAUGGGAGGCAAUUUCAGUUGCAUUGGGGACUUUUGGGCAAAGAAAAAAAAAAAAAGACAAAAUGCCACUUGCAAAAGUACCUUUAAUGAGAACUCAGAGGGAAUUUGUUAUUUUAGCAGCUCAUGAAUACACCAUUACAUACGAUGGGAAGAUUUUGUAAAUAUUUUGCAAAUUAAAGAAACUUUAUAUUCAUUACUGAAAAGGGAUGGAAUGAUAUAAACUGUUAAAUCUGUAUUGCUUCAUGAUCAUUAAUAAAAGUAGCGCUGAACAAA